GAAAAGGGGUGCGCGACGGGAGGCCACAGAGAUAGAUUGUGUAGAGCAGUCGGCUGUAAUUACCAGUUCAUAAACAUAAUUAAUUACAUUCAUUUGGACUUUCUGUGUGUUCCCAUUCGGGUUUUGAAAGCGCGUCAUGUCGUUGAAAUAGCUUUAAAUCUUUUUUUAUGGGCGGAAAUGUAAGUUAAACGUCCCCUUCGCUCCGCGUGUGCUCGUCUAUGCGGUUCGCUUCUAUGCGGUCGCCGCUGUGGCUAUUGUUUUGAUUAGGAAAAUCAUUCGUAAAAAAGGCACGGCGAAGGAUUACGAGACCCCGAGGGCUUUUUUUUUUUUCCCAGGGAGCAGAAACCGCAUCCAGGAUGCAGAGACUCACUUCCCACGUUGUGAUUCAGAAGAGGUCGUAAGGUUAAGACAAAAGGAUGUUGUUCCUAUUUUUUUAACUCAACCAGGGCUGUAUUCUUAAGUCGACAUGCUUUAUUCAUUUUUUUUAAAGAUUCCAAUCAAAAAUAUUGUCAUUUCAAGCUCAGAUUUCAUCAGUGAGUAAACAGAUUUUUUCAGAUUUUUUGACUAUAAAUUUUAUUUAAAGCUUAGCUCGACAAAAUAAAAAACAUAUUUAUUUUUCUUCCAGACAGUAUGUGCCAUUCUCUUGUCUCUAAUUAAGAGGCAGUUCCACAACACUACUUUCUCCUGUUGAAAAUAAGCUAAAUUAGAGUCUGUGGUUUUUUUGUUGUUGUUGCUUUCACUUGCUCAAUAAUGAUUGAUGGCAUCAAAACGUUUCUAUUAGAGGAAACGGGGCCGGCCAAGAGGAGGUUUGGAGCCAAGACUCAGGGGGAGUUUGCAGAACAAGGUUGAAACCGUUGCAGAGGGAACAGUCUGCGCUCUAUUUCCUGGCCGGGCAGCAUCCCUGGUGACAACCCCUCGGUCCAACCCUGGCUCAGAACAUGCUUAACCCAUCUUCACCGGGUGGAAAUAUGUGUCCUCGUUUUUAAUUGAUCCCACUCCCCUAGAUAGCAAAGCCUUUAACUAACCACUAACCUUUCCAGAUCACAUAUUAAUACCAGUUAGGUACUGGUUUGAGAUUUUCCUAUUCCAACACCUCCGUCUUGUUUUCCUGCUGAUCUCCCCCGUUGUCAUAGAAGUCAUGGAUGAGCAGACAGGCUCUCCAGGAACCAAUGCCGACAACAACAGCCAGAGAAAUGGAGAUGAGAAGCCCCGACGUGGCAGCUGGACCAAAGGGAGGAAGAGGAAGAAGCCGAUGAAGGACUGCAACGCACCCAAGGCCCCCCUGACGGGCUACGUCCGCUUCAUGAACGACAGACGGGAGCAGCUCCGGGCGGAGCGGCCAGACGUGCCCUUUCCAGAGAUCACCAGGAUGCUGGGCAACGAGUGGAGCAAGCUGCCCCCCGAGGAGAAGCAGCGGUACUUGGACGAGGCGGAGCGAGACAAGGAGCGCUACAUGCGCGAGCUGGAGAAGUACCAGAAGACGGAGGCCUACAAGCAUUUCACCCGGAAGGUCCAGGAGAAGCAGAAGGGCAAGCGGCACCAUGGAGAUGUUGGGCACCAGUUAGCCAACGAGGCUCUUCACGAGGAUGCGGAAGGGAAGGACCGAACCGUGUUUGACAUUCCCAUCUUCACGGAGGAGUUUCUCAACCACAGCAAAGCGCGCGAAGCGGAGAUGCGGCAGCUGCGUAAGACCAACAUGGAGUACGAGGAGCGCAACGCGGCGCUCCAGAAACACGUGGAGAGCAUGCGCGGGGCGGUGGAGCGGCUGGAGGGCGACGUGAUGCAAGAGAGGGGGCGCAACGGGCUCCUGCACCAGCACCUGGAGACGCUGCGCCAGGCGCUCACCUCCAGCUUCUCCACCGUGCCUCUGCCAGCCAGCGGAGAGACGCCCACUCUCGACAGCAUCGACUCCUACAUGAAGAAGCUCCACAGCAUCAUCGUCGGCUGCCCCCAGGAAAACGAGCAUCUCAUUAACACUGUGAGGGACGUGGUCAACCGCUUGGACAGAUAAUUGGACCAAGUCCCACCGAUUUGAUGGAUUGAGAGUCCCGGCGCCGUUCGGUGGGGGCCGCCGCUCCUUGACGGUGAAUCUUCCCGUCAGUCUGUCGUCCCGAUUUUGAUUUUUUUUUUUUUUAAACAUCUUUUUAUUACUCCUUGCGAAGGUCUCAUAUAUUUAUUUAUUAUUGUUUUACAUUUUAAAGAAAAACCUCUGUUCUCACUUAAAUAUAGCUGUAGUUUUUGUUUUGUAAAAUACUCAAAUGGUAGGACAUGAAAGAGUUUGAUGUCGCUCGUUUGCUCCUGUUCUGUCAAUUUCUAGCAAAAAAUGCUUCCGCAGCGGUGUCUAAAGCGUCAUCAAAGAUGGGGGGGGGGGGGGGGUUCGAUGAAAGAAGAAGAAGAAAAUGUGUCGGUGGGUUUUUGUGUUCACCGCGUCCGAGAAUACUGUCGAGCAGACUUUUGCUUUUAUUUUUUUUUUCAGAAUCUGUCGAAGAAAAAAAAAAAAAAAA